UGGUGAUUUACUCUGAAUUUGGGUUAUUGUCCGUCAAAGGCCACGAUUGGGUCCCCGGAUGGAGGGAAGCGGUACUAUAGGGCUACAUCCAUGGAUUAUGAUGAAAAUGAUUUUCAAAGCCAAAAUUUUCAGUUAGUUGGAGAAGACAGCAAAUUUUCUACAAGCUUAAGGUCAUUUGGUCUUCCAAAGUUUGAUCUUGAUGAACACCUUAGGUUUGGUAGUUUAGUUGAAACGGAAGUUCUACUUGGCAUACAAAGUCAAGAAAAUAAUUGGAUUGACUUUUCAUCUGGAAGUACUGCGGUCGAGUUCAGUUCAAGUGCUGCUGAGUCUUGCUCAAUAUCUAGGCAUAACAAUGUUUGGUCUGAGGCAACAUCCUCCGAAUCUGUUGAUUUGUUAUUGAAAUCAGUGGGAGAGAAUGAAAUAAUCAACGAAAAGGCUGUCAUCAUGGAGUCUAGUGCCAAUAGACAGGAAGAAAUAAUCAACGAUAAUCAGGUUGAUCUCUUCGUCAAAAAGGAUGAUGCCUUCAACUCAUCCAUGAUGGGUGCCCUUCCUACUGAUAAAGUUAUAAUUUUAAAGGAUGACUGCCUCAAAAAAUUAUCUAGUCCAAGUGAAGGCAGAAGGAAUUUGCUAACACAUCUUCAAGGUUCAUCUCAAGCAUCUGAACUUGAAGAAUCCCGAACUGUCUUUAAUUUUGAUCCCUCAAAUGGAAGUAGUGCCGAUGGAAAAAUUUCUGGUGUUCAAUACAUAACAGAUGAAAAUCCAACUUCUUCAACUGAGGCUAUUGAAAAACUAAGAGGGGCUGAAAAUGUCUUAAGUGAGACUGUUUUGAAAGGACAUGUUUUUGAUGUACUCAAGAGAACAAAUUCUUCAAAUAUUGAUGAUUGCAACUCAUCUGUAGUGUCUAGCCAUUGUCCUUUAUCUAUUACCUGUAGAAGUAAUCAAGAUGAGAGGCUUCUUAUGGAGACAACUAGGUUCUCUGAUGAACAAAAUCUGAUAAGUGUCAGGAGUAGGUCUGAUUUGCUAUAUGACGAUGGCCAUAAAGAAAAUUCUAUGAUUAUCCACAGUAUUGAAACAAAUAAUCAAUUGGUGCCAAAAUCAGAUGCUCUGGAGGUGCUGAGAAAAUGUAUUGAUUCUGUAAUAUCUGAGGAUGCUGAUGGUUUUGUGUCUAUUUCAUGCAGAACCGAGCCUUUACUUCAUGAUGUUGAGAUAAUUGAUAGAUUAAUUGAAAAAGAAGAUGGCGCAAGCCAAUUAGCAAAGUAUGAAGGUAAAAAUAUUGAGGACAAGUCUGGUUACCUCAGUAGUAAAGCUAUCCAGAAGACAUCUUGGUUAGCUGAAGGACAUAGAAGUGUUAGUGGGGGACCACCAGAUGAUUCCAUGGAGGAUGAUGAUGUCUACAGUACACAAAAUGAGAAAAAAACUAUGUCUAAUGAUGUUAGAGGACAAAAACUUGUUACGUGUUUGGAUGACUUAAGAAACAAGCAAUAUUCUGAAGGCCAGAUGACAGAUGCUAACAUUACUGAUGCUUGUGCUUCCAGAUUGCUAAUAGAAGCAAAUGCUGCUAUUCAAGUUAAUUAUGAAAUUCAAGUCUCGGAAACUGGUGAUCAGGACAGGAUGAAUGUUCUUCUGCCGAGUAUCAACCGUGAGAAGAAUGUGUAUGUUGUUGAGGCUAACACAGCUAAAGAUGUGGGUGCUGAUAGGCAAGACAUGAAAUUGGAUGCUGAUAAAGAUAUAGAGCCGGAUGAAGCUUCUCUACUUUCUGUUGUGCUUGAAGCUAAGACUGUGUCCUCACCCUUUACUUGUAAGGAAGGUAAAUCAGCUGUUGAUUCGACCGAAGUUCAUAUGGCUCAAGUUGAUGCCUUUGAAGAUAUGAAGUCCUCAGUGACAUGCACUGAUUUUGGCAGAGUUAGUUUAGGCAUGGACUCUAAUGUCAUUGAGAAAGUUCAAGACACUUCAAUUGCAGACCAGCAAACUGCUGAAGAGUCACCUUUGGAUGCCUUAUCUAGGAAUAAAUUAGCACAAAAGGAAUUUGAUUCUGCUCCAUUGCCCCUGGACUUUGAGAAUUCUAUGCAUCUUCACCUGCCACCUUCGGAAGAUACCACUGAUAUUAAUGUGGUCGUAGAGAAGAAAAAACUUUUGAUGGAGGUACCAUCUACAUCAGAGAUCAUCCAUUCUGCUAAUAAGGAUGAUAAGUUAUUUAGAGGUCCGGCUUCAUCAUUUCCUGUUAUUGAUUUGGUCUCCAAAAAGGCCAGUGACCCAGAAUCAGCGUCUCAUUCAUUAAACAUGGAAGACACUUCACCUGGAAAAUUUUCGCCAGAUAAUUCAGUAGCAACUAAGUUGGAUUUCCCAGUCAAAUCAAGUUCUACACCGCUGCCAACAAGUAUUGCUUCCUUCAAUUUAGCCUUGGAACAGAAAGAAGAGUCAUCAUCAUGCUCAACUGUGCCAGAUUUGCUAGUUUCUAAAGAAAAUGAAGUGAAGGUCUCUAGAAGUUCUAAGCUAACCAAUUCUAGCAAUGGUGUAGAUAUGGAGACAGAGAAUGGGGCAGAUAAAGUUUCUGAUUGUGUUCAAGAUGCUUUAGUGAAUAUUUCAACAAAAAAUGAAGCUAGUGCUGUAGUGCAGUCACUAUCUCCCGUGAAAAGUAUUGAUUUUCAACUAGUUCAGAAUGAGGUUCCAUCUUCAGCAGUAGACGCAGUUAGAAAUGGGGAGUCUGCUCACCUGGAGGGAGCUGAUUCUCGUGGUUCUGGAGAAGGAAUUGAUAAUGCUGUUGGGUCACUGGAUGUUUUCUCAAAAGGGAGGAAUGAAACCUCAGUUUUUCAAGCUCAUACUUCUUUUAGUGGUGGAAAACAAGCAGGGCAUUUUGGUUCAUCCAUACAAGAUAGCUGCUCUUGUAAAUACCCAAGCAAUGAGCAAAAUGAUCAAUGCAAUUUCUCUGCAGCAGAUUUCUCAGAAGGGAAGAAUAUGUCUGCUCAAACAGAAGUUGCAGAUAAUGUUUCGAUUAUACGCACAAAUGACUCUUCUCCAAUCUGCAUUGCCAGCACUGUUGAAUCCAACCCAUCAGAAAAACAAAGUGGAAACCUGAGUUUGUCUGAUUGUUUCAGAGAAUGCCCUCAGGACAAUUUAGAGCAUCCAGAAGUUGAGGUUUCACAGCUAGAAAAUAGUUUGGUUGCUUCAGGUAACUUGAAUAUGAUAUCUUCUUCAAAAGAUGAGACUGCUCAAAAACUUGAAUGCAGUGGUAAUGAUUUAGAGGCACAUACUACGCCUGUUGAAGUCAGAAACUUCACUUUUGAGGUAUCAACAUCUGGGCAUUUGCCUGAAAGAGGUGUUGGCAGUGAGCAGAAAUCUUUACCCAGUUUACAGUCGAAUGAUAUUCCUCAGAUGCUGAAAGAGAAUCCUCAAGGAUUUUUGGAUAAAGUUAAAGCUCCUGUUAUUUCUGCUAAAAAGUCUAAUAAGGGAAAAACUAAGAAUGCAUAUACGCUUUAUAAAGAAAAGAAAACUGGCUCAAGAGAGAGAACAAAAAAAGAAGCCGCAGCUUUGAAGCAGUCUUCUGAAAUGGAUGCUAAAUAUUCCCCUAGCCAACAAAAAUAUGUAGGACCGUCUGGCAAGGAGUUGCCAUUGGUUGACUUGCGAGAGAAUCCCUCUAUUGAGUGUUGUGCUAUAAAAACAUCCUCCUCUUUGGUUGGUCAGACAUCUAGUAUUCCUGAUUUGAAUUCAUCCUCAACAUUAUUUCAACAGUCUUUCACAGAUCUACAGCAAGUACAAUUACGUGCCCAAAUCUUUGUUUAUGGAGCUCUAAUCUCAGGGAUUCCUCCAGAUGAAGCUUAUAUGGUGUCUGCCUUUGGAGAUGCUGAUGGUGGACGGAGAUUAUGGGAGGGUAUAUGGCAAGCUUUGAUUACAAAGUUUCAGAAUCAGAAAUCUCCCAUCAGUGGUUAUGAGACUCCUUCACAUUCUCGGUCAGUUUCAGCAGGUACAAAUGUUCAAAGCAAAGUUCCUGGAUCUUCUACUGCCAAAGGCUCUAGCAAGAUUAUGUCCUCAGCUGUGCUAAAUUCAACUGUGCCUUUACCAUCGCCUUUGUGGAGUCUCUCUUAUGGAAAUGGACAGCACGGCAGCAUGCCCAGGGGUGCAUGCCUGAACUUCAAUCAGACUGCUUCUCCAUUGUCUCCUUGGCGACCUGCACAGUUAAGACAACAUUUGGAUGCUAGUCCUUCUUGGUUUCCACAGGCAUCUCAUCCUGGACCUUGGUUUGUUUCUUCUCACAGUUCCGCCCUUGAUGGCAUAAAACAUUUUUCUGCAGCACCUUUUACUGAAACUAUGCAUGCGACAUGUGCGAGUGAUUUGUGUGGACCUCAUAUUCCCACACAAGUUGCAUCCCCUACUGUUUUGAUGUCUGUGACAGAUCUUAAAUCCACCACUACUGAUGCAGUCAUUCAGUUGGAAACUACCAAAAAGAGAGGAAACAGUGGGAGCAAUAAGCAUACAUCAAAAUCUUUUUUGAAGGCUGGAAAGUUGAAAAGGUUUGGAGGCAGAGGAGCUAAAUUUACCUGUUUCACAAACUUCAAUAGAGUCCAUUCCUAUUCUCGUAUUGAAAGUCUUCCACUGCCAUCUGCAAACACGCUACUGUCUUCUAACUCACCAGUAAAGGUUGCUAGUGGUGCCCCUGUUUCGAUUAGUAUGUCACACUUGAUUUCUCCAACUCAUCACCAGAUAUUUGGUGAGAAUAAUAAUCAACGUAAGGCGAACUUAUUAGAGGAGACUUGCAGCAAAGUUGAGCUUGCUAAGCUCCGUGCAGAAGAUGCUGCUGCUGCUGCAGCUUCUUCUAUCAAGCAUUGUCAAGCCAUAUGGAGUCAGCUAGCCGCCCAGAAGAAUUCUGGAUUGGUUUCGCAGAUUGAGGAAAAACUUGCUUCUGCCGCUGUUGCUGCGGCUGGGGCUGCUUCUGUUGCAAAGGCAGCUGCAGCUGCAGCUAAAGUUGCAUCUGAUGUUGCUUGGCAAGCCAAAAUAAUGUCUGAUGAAGCUAUUAGUGCAGCAAAAACAAGUAAGGUUGUCCAGAGUCCAGAAUCUGGCUCCCUUGAUGUUGGAAAAAAAUUAGCAGCGUUAACUCCCAUUUCAAUUUUGAAAGGAAUGGACAAGAUCCACGAAUCAGUUGAAGUUAUGUCUGCUGCACGUGAGGCUGCCAAAAGAAGAAUUGAAUCAGCUUCUGUUGCCACAAAACAAGCAGAGAAUUUGGAUGCUAUAGUGAAAGCUGCAGAAUUGGCUGCAGAGGCUGUGGCCCAAGCUGGAAUAAUCAUUGCAAUGGGGGAUCCUUUGCCAUUUACAUUGGGCGAAUUGGUAGAUGCUGGUACUGAGGAGUUUUGGAAAGUUCAUCAUGGCGCCUCCAUGAAGGAUUCCAAAUUGAGCGACAUUCAUGCACAUGAGCAUGUUGGCUUAGAAAAUGUUAAAGAAUUGGCUAAGCAAAGUGACGGGCAGUUUGCAAAUGAUGUGCAAAGUCAGAAGGCUGUCAGUGAAGGUGGAUCAUUUUCUUUGAUCAAACGUCACGAGCAAGCAGGCACAACUCAAGGAAAUUUUUUGGAUGCUGAACGUGAGAGAGAUCAUUCGGGCAUACAGAAGGGUUCUCAAGUUGAGGUCAUGUCUGAUGAAGAUGGCCUUAGAGGAGCCUGGUUUUCAGCUAGGGUUCUUGACAUGAAAGAUAACAAGGCUUAUGUCUGCUACAAUGAUUUUUCAACGAAAGAAGGCCAUCCAAAGGAAUGGAUUGUGCUGGAAAAUGAAAGAGAGAAAGCUCCCAGAAUACGCCCUGCUGUCCUUGCAACAGCCAUGAGGUAUGAAGGCACAAGGAAACGGCGUAGAGAACAUCAUGGAAGCUAUAUUUGGGCUAUCGGAGAUCAUGUUGAUGCUUGGAUGCAUGAUAGAUGGUGGGAAGGCGCAAUUGUUGAAAAGAGCUCAGGAGAUGACACAAAGCUGACUGUGCAGUUGCUAGCUAAAAGUGACAAGCUGGUUGUUGAUGCAUGGAAUGUUCGCCCUGCACUUAUAUGGAAGGAUGGACAAUGGAUGGAGUGGUUCCACACUAGGAAAAGGUCACCUAAGCCACAUGAGGGUGAUACUCCAACUGAGAAACGGCAAAAAUUAGGUGGGCUUGAGGCAAUUGCUCAUUCUGAAGUUGAUGCUGCUGGAAUAGGGAUAAUUUCAAAGAAUAUACUUGUAGAUGUGCCUAAAAAACCUGAAGAUUCAAGAUCAUUGAUUUUAACUGCAAAGGAGAGAGCUUUUACCGUUGGAAAGAAUUCAAGGGAUGAGAUUACUUCUAAUGUACUUAAAACAAAACGGUCAGGUUUGCAGAAAGAAGGAUCGAGGGUGGUUUUUGGGGUUCCAAAGCCUGGAAAGAAAAGGAAGUUUAUGGAAGUCAGCAAGCAUUAUGUUGAAGAUAAAUUUGAGAAGGUUAGAGAAAGUAGUGAUCCCAUGAAAUUUGCAAAAUAUUUGAUGCCGCAGGCAUCCCAGAAAUUUAAGAGUACUUCAAAAGUGGAUAAUAAAGGAAAGAAGCCUGGAGACAGCAAGUCUAGAGUUGGGGUCAAAGCUGAGAAUUCACAGGGCAUCGAAUCUAGAAGUCAAACUCAGAAGGCCGAUGCAUCGCUUGCUGCAUCAAAUGGGGAAGCCAGACAUGAAAAUCUUGAAAGCGCGAUGUCUAGUUUCAGCAGUAAUAAUGAAAGCUUAGAAAAGACAAAUACAGUUAAAUUUGGCUCUUCCCGCCCAACUGAAAUUCUAGCUGUUGAGUCGGCAAACUCUGGGCAGCCUGCACCUACUGCUUUGUUGUCAAAAAGAAAGAAUGUUCCAGGUUCUGAAUCAGAAGUAGCUGUGAAAGCAAAAUCUAUUGUCCAUAGAACAACCAAAAGUGAUGAUAAAGGUCUUGGAGUUCAUGGAAAGACAAUGCAUGAAAUUGUGGAGCCUCGUAGAUCUAACCGUAGGAUUCAGCCAACAUCAAGGUUGCUCGAAGGUAUUCAAAGUUCUCUAAUCAUUUCAAAGAUGCCGAGCAUCUCUCAUGAGAAGAAGUCCUCCAGAGGUAAUGGACAUAGUUGAAAGGAUGCGUGCUCCCGCCCCUCUUGUCGAAAACUACAGCAGUCUAUUGUAUGCUUGAUGACUGUUUUAUCGUUGCAGGAUUCUGUAUAUAAUUACAGAUUUAGGACAAGUGAGGCAUAAUGUUUGACUUCUCAGAGAAUCAGUUGUAAAGUGUCAUAGUAAAAAAAUUAUUUAUACAUAAUCUUGAUUUUUGGUACUGUUAGAGUGGUAGACUUGGGGACUCAUGAUGAUGUCGUUCAUUGAAAACCUUUUAGAAAUGCCAUGUUCCUAGCAACA